AUGUCUCGUUCAUUCCUGACUGCGGACGUCGACGAGUUGGUCAAGCAACUCAAGACGGACGAGAAGAUCUCCCUUCUUGGUGCUCCGAACUGGUGGAAUACCACUUCGAUCCCGAGGCUUGAGAUUCCAUCUGUUCGUAUGAGUGAUGGUCCUAAUGGUGUCCGUGGUUCUUCCCACUUUGUUUCGACUCCUGCGCAGUGUCUUCCUUGCGCAACUUCGCUGGCGUCGACCUUCGACCCCGACUUGAUCUACGAGGCUGGUGUCUUGCUGGGUAAAGAGGCCAAAGUCAAGUCUGCAACUGUUUUGCUCGCACCGACAUGUAACAUCCAGCGUACCCCUCUUGGCGGGCGCGCUUUCGAAUCAUUCUCGGAGGAUCCUCAUCUCUCAGGUGUCUUGGCUGCCGCUUAUGUUAAUGGCCUCCAAUCUGAGGGCGUUGCUGCCACUAUGAAGCACUUUGUUGCUAAUGACCAAGAGCAUGAGAGGACAGCUGCCGAGUCGGUCGUGUCCGAUAGGGCGUUGAGAGAGAUUUAUCUCUAUCCUUUCAUGUGGGCACAGAUCCAUGCCAAACCUGGGGCCUACAUGACUUCUUAUGGCCGUGUUCACGGCGUUCACUGCGCUGAGAGCCGCGAGUUGUUGAACGGACUGCUCCGAAAGGAGUGGGGAUUUGAUGGGCUUAUUAUGAGUGAUUGGUUCGGAACGUACGGUGUCGACGAAGCUAUUAACGCCGGACUGGACCUGGAAAUGCCGGGCCCACCACGGUGGAGGACUCCUUUGCUCGUCCUGCACACUCUCUCGGCACAGAAACUGCUCAUGCCCACCAUUGACGAACGAGUUGCCAAUCUCCUCCGCUUUGUCCAGCGCCAAGCUCGCAGAAACCCAGAGAUUGUUUAUGGCGACGGUAUUGAGCGCUCUCGGGACAGCCAAGAGACUCGGGACUUUGCCCGCAAGCUUGCUGCCGAGGGUAUCGUCCUGCUGAAGAAUGAGCGCAAGGUCUUGCCCUUGGAUUCAUCGAAGAAGAAGGUUCUUGUUACCGGACCUAAUGCCCAAGGGUUCGUCAUCUCUGGAGGAGGUUCGGCGGCGUUGAGGGCUACCUAUGUUGCAUCCCCUUGGAAUGCGAUGAAGGAAGCCGCACCCAAGGAUAUUGAGCUUCUCUACACCGUCGGAUGCUACGCACACAAGUACCUCCCGACUUUGGAAAGCAAACUCGUCACCCCUGACGGAAAGCCCGGAUGGUCGUGCACCUUCUUCCGCCACGAUGCUGAAGGCAACCCCGAGAGCUCCGUCCAGACCUUCACCUUGAACGACACCCGAGUCAAGUUGAACGAUUUCUUGCCCGCGGGUCUGACUCCCACUUGGACUAUCAAGUUGGAAGGCAAGUUGACGGUGGACACGACUGGACCCUUCGAGCUUGGUUUGACUGUCGCUGGUCGUGCCAAGUUGUGGUUGAAUGGAGAGCUGACGAUUGAUAACUGGACGAAGCAGACUCCUGGUGAUUUCUUCUAUGGACAAGGAACUGUCGAGGAAAAGGCCGUUGUUGACUUGGUUGCUGGAAAAUCCGUCGAUGUCCUCGUCGAGUACACCAACACUGUCGCUCCUGACGGCGCUGACGAAAACGGAGCUCAACGUUUGGCUCAGCCUGCCUUGAUGAAGGGUGUCAGAUUGGGUGGCUGCCCCAAGAUCGAACCCCAGGACGCCAUCAAGGAGGCCGUCGCUUUGGCCAAGGAUGUGGAUGCUGUCGUUGUUGUUUCUGGCUUGACUCCCGAAUGGGAGAGUGAAGGUUUCGACCGACCCUCCCUUACUAUGCCUGGCCUCCAGGACGAGCUUAUUUCUCGCUUGGCUGAGGUCAACUCGAACGUCGUUGUUGCCAUUCAAGCAGGCUCCGCAGUUUCAAUGCCGUGGGUAGACCAAGUUGCUGGUGUAGUCCAGUGCUGGUACUCUGGUAAUGAAGUCGGAAACGCCAUUUCGGACGUCCUGUUUGGAAAGGUCAAUCCUGGUGGAAAGCUUCCAUUGAGCUUCCCCGUUAAGGAGGAAGAUAUCGCUGCUUAUCUGAACGACAAGUGCGAAAAUGGAAAGAUCCACUAUCGAGAAGAUCUCUGGGUCGGCUACAAACAUCACCAGGCCAGGAAGGUCAAGCCCCUGUUCGCCUUCGGACACGGCCUUUCGUACACCACAUUCGAGUUCUCCGACUUUGCCGUCAAGAGCGCAAAUAUUGACGGUAGCCCAGAGGACCUCAAGAUCGAGACUGAAGUCACCAUCCGGAACACUGGGGACAAGGCUGGAUCGGCCACCGCCCAGCUAUACGUUUCGUACCCCAACAGCGCUCCUUUGACGCCCAUCUAUCAAUUGCGAGGAUUCGCCAAGGGCAAGGAUAUCGCUUCUGGCGGGUCCACGACCGUGAAGAUCUCUUUGGACAAGUACGCGUUCGCGUUCUGGGAUGAGCCCGCGUAUGGAUGGAAGAUCAACCCCGGAGUUUACGAACUCCAUCUCGGUGAUAGCAGUGAGAACCUGCUUCUUGUUCAAAAGGUGGAGAUCAAGAAGGCCUUCACCUGGACUGGGUUGUAA